UGUGGGGAGGCAGGCGACAAGGGGCUUUCAAAGAUUUCUUAUCGUGAAAGAUAAGAUUUGUUUUACCAUAUCAUCUCUCGUUUAUGACUUGGGUAGGUACAUAUACUGUAUAUCUACAACUACUCUCAGGUACACACGCACGUUCUUUGGGAAGCAACAAACAGCGCUCGAACUCAAUAAAUUCGACCUCCACAGUCAGUGUUAUUACAAUCGCGCGUCGAAAUGGCCGAACCCGCAGUAGUGACCGGUGAUGUUCCCACGUGGAUGGCGAAGGAGUAUUUUGAGCCGGCAAUUGAGGCGAGUUUAAAUUUGAAUGGCGCCGAAAAUAAAUUCAGCAUCGAUGAGAUCCACGUGAAACCGGCAACGGAAGCUGGGGACAAUUUCGCGUCUAAAAUCUACCGGGUACAGGUCGAUGUGACAUUGCCUGAUGGAACGACCAAGAAGACCAUCUCGUUGAUUGUGAAGGCACUUAUUACGACGGGUCUAACCGAAGAGCUUCUGCAGCUGUUAAAUUUGUUCCCCAAGGAAGUGGAAAUGUACACGAAGUUUCUGCCGGCUUUUGAGGAAAUGUACCACAGCAAAGGCCGGAAUGUGUCGUUCGGUCCCAAAUGUUUGCACCACACAUCCGAACCCACGGUGCUCGUAAUGGAAGAUUUGAGGGAUCAGGACUUCCGAAUGGCCAAUCGAAAGGAAGGCUUGGAUCGGAACCAUGCCAAGGUGGUUCUUCAACGAUUGGCUCAACUCCAUGCAGCUUCUGCCGUCUAUCGGGAAACUUCCGGGGAACCAUUCCCUGAAAUUUUCAAUCAUGGAAAUUAUAACGAGAACAUGAAACCCAUGAUGGAGCAACAGAUGAAAAGUGUGGGACCGUCGUUCGAUAAAAUUUUAAGAACUUGGCCCAACGGUGAUUGGUACGCAGAUAUGAUGGAAGAUACGGCAGCGGCGAUGACAGAUGAGAUUAUUGCAAUCAUCAAAGCUCGGCCGGACGAAUUCAAUGUGCUCACCCAUGGAGACGCCUGGUGUAACAAUUUUCUGUUUCGGUACGAUCAAAACCAGGACGGGAAAACGUCUCUAGCCGAGAUAAAACUGGUAAGAUUAUUUAGUGGGGCUUAA